AUGGCUAAAGUAAUUACUAGACCGCAACGAUUCACACCGGAAGAAUGGCGUUUAGCAAGCAAAGUAAAACAUAAAAAUUCCGAAAGAGAUCGUAGUGUUACCGAGAAACUUAUUUUGGAAAAUGAUAGAUUGGAUCAAGAGGGACGUGGUACUGUGGAUCGAACGCUUGCUGAUGUCAAUAAAAAAUUAGAUCAACGCCUUGAUCAUAUCAAAAAUUGGAAAGGAGAACUUGAAGUUAAACGUACAGAUAUAGUCAAAGAAGUUGAUGCUACGGAAGUCUAUCUAGUCCGAUUGCAAAAAGGAUUACAAUCAUUGCAGGAUAAUUUGCAUAUUGCUCAAACUUCACUUGCAAAUCGUGAAAAACGUUUUGAUAUCGAUCUUGUUCACGAUGAUGUUCAAAAAAAUUUAAUUAUGGAAGUAACUGCUGUUCAAGGAGCCAUUGCAUUGUUAACACGAACAAUUGAACAAACACAAGAACAACUACGAACGUUAGAUAAUUUAAAUCUAUAUUUAUCCUAA